AUGAACAAGAUCAGUAAAGAAAAGUGUGCGAUUGUUAGAGAGAAAGGUCAGGAGCAACUAUACAAAGAUCUGGAGCAAAACGGACCGAAAAGAAUCUACAAGUUAGCAAAAACUAGACAGAGAAGAGCAAAGGACAUUGACAAGAUUACUUUUGUAAAGGAUGAGCAGGGAAAGAUCGUGAGCGAAGAUGAGAAAAUCAAAGAGCGAUGGAGGGAAUAUUUUGAUAGACUUUUGAACACGAAGAACAACAGGAAAGAACUGGACCAUCUUGAACCAGUCCAUGGGCCAGUACCAGAGAUUUUGGAGGAUGAAGUGAGAAGACAACUCAAGAAGAUGAAGAACAAUAAAGCAAGAGGACCGGAUGAGCUCCCCAUCGAACUAGUGAAGAAAUUGGGAAACACAGAAACAGAGUGGAUGACAUCAUGCUUCAGAGAAAUAAUGAAGACAGGAAUACCAGAAGAAUGGAGAACAAGCAGAUAG